UGUGGCGUGUGCCCCGUCGUAUCGUUUGUCAUCGUCGCACGACGCAGUUCUUCCUGCUUGGCAGGGUGUCCUACACCUCCCCCCCCCCCCCCCCCGGUCCCUCCCUUCCACUGAGAAACGGCAGCUUCUCGAACGUCGUAUCGUUAGUACAAUCUCACCUGGGUCUCGCCUGGGAUGGCACGCGCGGGGACAGGUUGGGUGGGUGCGUUGGUGUUGGAAGUGCGUAAGUUCUCCGAUGUCUCAUUAGCCCGCCAGCGCUCAUAUGUGUGUGUGUGUGUAUGUGUGUUGCGGUGCAUGUUUUCCGGCUUAGCGAAAAGGGCAACAGCAGCAGCAGCACCAUCGAUGCCGAAAGGAAAGAGCUCACCGUUACGUUAGACGACGAACCUGUUAUUAUUGUUGUUUUUAAUCGUAUAAACUGCGGAAACUGAACUACUUGUUGCUUUUGUUUUCGUUUUCGGUUUUGUUCCCUUUUUUUGGAUUGUUUUUUUUUUUUUAGCUUGCUCUCCCUCAUAAUUUGUUUACUCCGUGUUGAUCCGCGUGAUUCUCAAUCACUGUGGACGCUUCGGAAUCGAAAUCCACUGUCCGGUCGUUUGCCUUCGGUGGAAGGUGGGGCAAUUUUGUGAAUGAUUUUUAACGCGGAGCCGCAGACCCAGUGAACCGUUCGAAGAUCUUUGUUUAUCGUCGGAGGUCGGUUGGGCUCGUUUAGCAGGUCCCAAGCAAUAGGGUUUUCCGAAAUCUUCACCUUGUUUACCGCAUAAUGAACACACCACACAGACGGGCGAGAGUGGUGGGAGUGGUGGUCGAGUCGAGCGAUAGUUAUGUAUGGUGCGGUGUGACCAGUCAAGGGCGGUAAAUAGUCCAAUGUCAACAAUGAUGAGGCAAACUGGCUUGAUUGAUCUUUUCAUGAUACUGUGUCAUGAUGAUUCAUCAUUGUUACUGAUGCGUCUACUAUGACGCCAAAUCUGUCGGAGCCACGUAUAUUUUAGGACAAAUUUCGAGAAACAAUGACCUUACCAAUGAAAUUCUUUGAAUCAUUUGUAAAUUUCUCUUUUCACUCUGUGCAAAAGUAAAAUCUUUCUUUGUAAUGUGAAAUUAUAAUGGUCAAUCGCAUUUCAAUGACAGCAAAUCGUAGUAGGCUACUUGUGGAUUUGCUCCUGGUGACGAUAUUUUUUCAUAAUUCCAUCGUAGUUCACAUUGAUUUUAAUGCAACAGAGCGAUUCACUUCAUUCUUCAGCUGAUUGUCGAAUAAAGCAGUUGAGUUUUUGGUAGUGUGACGGUGAAGAAAAUUUCCUAAAACUUGAACAAUACUGUACACUGUUUUGUAAGAUAGCCUGACAGGAACAGGGCACAUAUUUUCUGUGAUCGAAGCUUGUGGAAGCCGGUUUGAGCAUAAUCACAAUGACUGCCCGGUUUGAAACCAUGGAGGAGCGGAUUCUGUCGUUGGAGCGGGAGGUUAAACUAAGUAACCUUAAGCUAUCCCGAAUAGAAGAAAAAUUGGACGAGCUAUUGUCGAUGUUGAUCGAGCAAAAAGUAGCUGCUCGACAACCCGAUGCGGAACGGCAUUCGGCAAAUGAAGAUACACAGGUACAGGAGCAGGUGCCGCAGCCGAGCAGCAAAGAGACCAAUGCGAUAGAGGAAACGGAAAAGGAUAAGGAUGACGAGCAGGAACGUCAUGAGGAGGAUGAGGCAGUGCCAGAAAUCCCGGUUCUGCCAGUAAGAACCGUGAAUGCAUUUUUAACAUUGGACCAUAACUGUGCCAGAAAUGAAGCGUUUUUACAGCAAAUGGCGGAAAAAUUACAACAGAAUGUGGUCGCAUCGCAAAAGAGAGACCGGAACGCCAGACGAGUGAUGGAGACGCUCGUCACGUACGACGUUCUAUGCCAAUUUAGUUGGUCUGGAAGAGAUGCCAUCACUGACUCCUCUUCACCUAGCCUCUUCCCCAAGUACAGGUUUGCAGACCUGUCUGGCAUUAUCGCUCUGCUAGUCAAAGCCCUCUGUUUUGGGCUUAAUGCAGAGCAGACGGAGCAGGAGCGAUCAUCCAUUGUCGACAGUAUUCACAAUCUCGUGAAACAUUCAUCGCAAAACAAGAAGCGAUUCUGCCAGACACGAAAUGAAUGAAAGCUCCUGUAGGGGGGUGGACGUCGUACGUGACGAGUGUUGUGUUCGGAUUUUGAGUAGAUGACGCGAACACAAUUAAUAUAAUUAAAACUUAUAUAUUAACAAUAAAAUCAACUAUCACGACACACGUCUGCUCGCAACCAA